CGCCUCGCUGCGUGAGGCAAUGGUGCGUGCCAGAAAUCCGUGCACAAUUUACUCGCUUUUCGCCUGACGACUCUUCUCUCCAGCGCCGGCUCCGCUCUACUCCUCUCUCUGCUCUUCUUAUCUUUUCGUCGGAAAGAAGAGGAGGAAAAAAACUGUUUCCGGCGGAGGCACGGGCAGCAGAGCUCUCCCUCGCGCGCGGCGGCCGGCGAACAGGGAGCCUGGAGGCACGGUGCGGACGGACAUCCUCUCCUUCGCAGUAGCAUUCUCCCCUGUGCGGCCCCCUCGCGCGGCCGGGCGGCUGAGCAACUCGGUUCGAAUCGAGCUGAAGCCUUUAGGAGAAGGUAUUAAACAGAAAUCAAAGUGGCAGCAAGCACUAACUGGGAAUCUCCACAUUGCAACAUUCCAAGGAGUUGAGGACUUUUUGUUGGUCCACUACAGAAAUUAAGGACAUCUGUAUGAUUUUAAAUUUUAAAUGUGAGUGAUUAGCUCAGUGAAAUCCUGUCCAACCUAAUUCAUAUUCAAUAUGCCACCAUGGUGGGGAAAAUCUUCAUCGAAAGAAAUAAAGAAGACUGCCAAAGAAAACCUCAUUGACACGUUUCAUCGGCUAUUAAAUCCAAAUGAGCAAAAGGGAAGCACAAAAUCACGAGGGAAUCGUAGACGUGGUAAAGAUCCAACUGCAGAGAAAGGUUGCUGGUCUACUGCCCAAUCACGCUCCACAUCCCCAUCAAAAGAGGUUUCUCGAUGUCAAAGCUUUGCUGCAGCCAGAGCACAUGCACAACCACUUCCCCUUCCUAGAUCCCGUGCUAUUGUGGCACGCACUGCUUCUGAUGUUACUGAAUCAAAGGUCAUUUCGGAAAAACGUGGCAAAGGACAGCAACUACCACUUCCUACCACAAACUGGGCUAAAGAACAACCUGAAACUACCGAACCUGCUGCAGAAUUAUCAUCUGCUUCUAUCUCCAGCAAUGGUUCUAUUGAUAGCGAUGAUCCUGGAGAUUUGCGACUUCAAGGCCAUGUGGCAAAUGAUGCUGACAAGGCGGCUAAAGUUGCUACAGCAAGUAAUUCAAGUGUUGUGCAUAAGGAGCGUUCUAGUGCCACCACCAGAAAGGGCACUAAGGAAGUGACGAUUCCAACCAAUGUGUUCCCAAGUAACCAAAUUCUAUCUACAUAUCCAAGAGGUACUAUUGUUGCUGACAGUUGUCAAUCAAAUUUACAAAAUUCACGACAGGUUGUUCUGGAAAGUGCUCCCAAUAGUGUGAUGUCAAGCCCUUCUCGAAGCCCAAAAAUAUUAUGCCCUGAUCAGAUUCCAAGUUCUGCAUUUUGGGCAGUUAAGCCUCAUACAGAUAUAACUUUUGUUGGGUCUGCUCAGUGCUCCAGUCCUGGUUCAGGGCAAACGUCUGGGCAUAAUUCGGUGGGAGGUGAUAUGCUAGCCCAGCUCUUUUGGCAACCUAGCCGAGGUAGUCCAGAGUGUUCACCAAUUCCCAGCCCAAGAAUGACAAGCCCUGGUCCAAGUUCGAGGGUACAUAGUGGAAGUGUCUCUCCGUUGCAUCCAAGGGCUUGUGGGAUGGCUCCUGAAUCUCCAACAAGUCGAGUUGAUGAAGGAAAGAAGAAGCAAACCCACAGAUUGCCCCUUCCACCACUAAGCAUCUGUAACAAUUCCACCUUUUUGCCAAACAAUUCCACCCCAACUAGUCCUAUAUCGCGUAGUCCUGGUAGAGCAGAAAAUCCACCUAGCCCUGGAUCACGGUGGAAGAAGGGAAAGCUUAUCGGCCGUGGGACAUUUGGCCAUGUAUACAUUGGCUUUAACAGUGAUAGAGGUGAAAUGUGUGCAAUGAAGGAGGUCACCCUUUUCUCAGAUGACCCUAAAUCAAAAGAAAGUGCAAAGCAAUUGGGCCAGGAAAUAUUACUUCUGAAUCGUCUGCAACAUCCGAAUAUUGUUCGGUACUAUGGAUCUGAAAUGGUUGAUGAUAAGCUUUAUAUAUACCUGGAGUAUGUCUCUGGUGGAUCCAUCCAUAAACUUCUCCAGGAAUAUGGGCAGUUUGGUGAACCUGCAAUCCGCAGUUAUACCAAGCAAAUACUUUUGGGCUUAGCUUACCUGCAUGCAAAAAAUACAGUUCACAGGGACAUUAAAGGUGCAAACAUAUUGGUAGACCCUAAUGGUCGUGUAAAGCUCGCUGAUUUUGGAAUGGCAAAACACAUCAAUGGGCAGCAGUGUGCCUUUUCAUUUAAGGGUAGCCCAUACUGGAUGGCUCCUGAGGUUAUAAAAAAUUCUGAUGGAUGUAAUCUUGCUGUUGACAUAUGGAGCUUAGGGUGCACGGUUUUGGAGAUGGCUACCUCAAAACCACCAUGGAGUCAAUAUGAAGGGAUUGCCGCAGUGUUUAAGAUUGGAAACAGUAAGGAGCUUCCACCAAUACCAGAUCACCUCUCAGAGGAGGGCAAAGACUUUAUAAGACAGUGUCUGCAGCGUGAUCCAUCCAGCCGUCCAACAGCAGUGGAUCUUUUGCAGCAUUCAUUUGUACGAAAUGCCUCUCUACUUGAAAAAUCACAUUCAGAUCCAUUGGAACAGUUGUCUACUAUAUCCUGCAAAUCAAAUUUGAAGAUGGUUGGGCAUGCCAGAAAUAUGUCCUCUUUGGGUUUGGAAGGACAAUCUAUUUACCAGAGAAGAGCUGCUAAAUUUUCUUUGGCACACAGUGAUAUUCAUGUACGAAGUUACAUAUCUUGCCCUGUUUCUCCAUGUGAGAGUCCUCAUCUGAGGUCAAGAUCUCCACAAGAUCAAAAUGGUAUAAUGUCUCCUUCUCCGAUUUCAAGCCCAAGAACUACUUCAGGUGCUUCUACUCCUCUGACUGGUGGCAAUGGAGCUAUUCCUUUCAAUCCUAUGAGACACCCAGCUUACAAUAAUGAGGGUUUCACAAUUACAUCGAGAGGUCUUGAUGAACACUUGCCAAACCGGCCUCCAGAUCCAGUCCUUGGUCAUUUCAUUAGAGUGAAACAACCCUCGCCACGUUUUCAGGAGAGGGCAAUCUCUGAAGCUGACAUUCUGAGCCCUCAAUUCGGAAGGAUGGGACAUAGGAGCUUGUGGGAUUUGCAUGAUAGACCAUUGCGUUCUGAGCAUUCGUCUCAGCAGGGCUUUGAGGAUCGUGUAAAACUAAAGCCUUCACUGGAUUUGAGUUCUGGUCCACCACACCUUGGGUGCAACCAUGGUCAUUGAUUUCACCUAAAGGCUGUGCUGGAUAGCAUUGAGUUGGAGCUUGAUGAGAUAGCUUCUGAGCCAGUUUGCCCAUCUAUUUACUGCAAACCUGGAACUGUGUCAUAGUACAAGAAUAAUUUCAUUAAUUAUUUCAGAAGCUGACCAUCUCAAGAAAGGUGAGCUAUGACCCCACCAGGAAGGCAGGAACAGGCGUAGACUUGCAUACUACCAGGUCUGUUAACCAGUUAAACGUCGUUGAUAUGAUUGUAUAUUCGAGUGGGUCUUAGUACUGAAGGACCCCAAACAGUAGUUCUUCACCUCUAUACUCCGGCAUCUACAUUCUUUUACCUCUGGUCCUUUUAAGGGUUUCGAGGCCAUUGUACAGGAGCAAACUCAACUAGAAGUCUAAGUCCACAUUUUGCACAGGUAGACAAUCGAGCCAUUCAAUACCCAUUCUUUUUAACUGUUAUAUAUCCCAAACCCGUGCUCCGAGCUUUGGGGCAAAUUAGCUGCAUAGUGAAAAUGUUGUGCAGUACUCAGUUAAUCCAUUCACUGUAUCUAUUACUCUGGAAAUUACAGAGAUUCUGAUCGUUAAUCAAAUUGAUGUGUCCAUAUGAUCAUGCUGCU